UCAGGCAAGUGUUUCCACUGACAUUAUCAUAACAUUCCGUCUAUUGGUACGAUUGCAUUUAAAGAAAUCAAUAGUUGCUUUGUAGUACAUAAGCUGCUAUUCUUUUAUUUUUUUUUCUUGCUUUGAACCGCUUUUUAAGGACUUCAUAGAUUAAAUAAACAUCAUUUGGCAACAUCUAAUUAGUACCUUAUUAUGAAAAUGUUUAAAAAACUAUUUCAAGGACUUGGCAUAUUAUGUGGCCUUUUGCAAUAUUUUCAAUGUUUCGCAAUAGCCGACAAAUCAGGAAAAACGCCCGUAGUGGAAACUAAACUAGGAAAACUUACUGGGACCACUGUUGAUGUUAACGGUACAUUAGUAAAUCAGUACCUAGGUGUUCCAUAUGCGAAGCCUCCAACUGGUGAAUUUCGGUUCAAAAAGCCCAGAAAACUUGAAGCAUGGGAGAAUACAAUUAAAGCAACAGAAGAGUCUCCAGCUUGCAUUCAGUAUAACCAGGCUCCAUAUCCUUGGUAUGAUGAUAAACCUGGUAAAAGUGAAGAUUGUUUGUACCUUAAUAUUUGGACACCAUUUGAAACAAACACAAGUAAUCCAAAAGCUGUUUUAUACUGGAUGUAUGGCGGCGGUUUUUUCCUUGGAUCAAUUCGAAUGGACCUCUACAAAGGCCACUUGGUUUCUGCUCUAGGAGAUAUCAUUGUGGUCACAGUUAACUACCGUCUAGGGUCCUUCGGAUUUUUGUUUUCGAACACUGAUGAUGCUCCAGGAAACGUUGGAAUCUGGGAUAUACUGACUGGACUUCAGUGGGUUAAUGAGAAUAUCGAAGCUUUCGGUGGCGAUGUGAGCAGAAUUACGAUUGCUGGAGAAAGUGCUGGAUCCAUUGCUGCAGGGCUACUGUCAGUGUCACCUUUAGCUCGCGGACUUUAUAAGAGACAGAUUAUGGAAAGCGGAUCACCAGCAUACACAAAUGCCGAUAACAACACACAAAACUUGGAUCGAAGUCAAUUACUGGCAGAACUAGUUGGAUGUGCAAAUGAAAGGCAUUCCAUCGUGACGGCACCUAGCGAAGUUGUGAAAUGCUUAAGAGAAAUUGAUGCAAUGGAUCUGAUUAAAGCUGAAGCCAGCAUAGAUCCAUAUUCUACUAGAAGUUUUAUUCCACAAUGGGGAGAUGCUCUGUUGCCAAAGAAUCCUCGUGUGUCCAUAAUUGAAGGCAAUUUUCAGGAUAAUGAAGUCUUACUUGGAAACAAUGGGGAUGAAGGAUCAUUUCAGGUAGCCGUUAAAUACAUAGAUACUUUUGGCUUCUUUGGCGAAAAAGAUCCUCAUAUCAAUAAUACAUUUGGUGAAGAUUUGAUCCGAGAAAUCUUUGCCAAAUUUUCUAACACAGAAGGAGUGGUGAAACACUACUUACCUGAUAACAUUACCGAAGACCAGCAUGAAUUAAUACGCCAACAAGUUUAUACUGCUUCUGGUGACUUUUCAUUGCUUUGUCCGACUGUCUAUUUCGCUGAGAGAUAUGCUGAAAAAGGUAAUAACGUAUACUUUUACCUGUGGGACCAUCGCCCAAGUACAACUCGUUGGGCCCCGUGGAUGGGUGCGGCCCAUUUUUCUGAAGUGCAGUUUGUUUUUGGAGAUCCUCUGAAGCAUCCACACAAUUAUGAGCCCGAGGAAGUUCACCUUAGCUCUCAAUUGAUUGAGUAUUGGACAAAUUUUGUCAAAAAUGGGAAACCAAGCGAGUCAUGGCCUCUAUAUUCCAAAAGUGAUCCUCAGUUUAAGCUCCUCAGCCUUAAGAAUAAAGAAAAGGGAUCUGGACCGAAUCGCAACAACUGUGAUUUUUUCAGACCGUAUUUCGGAUUUGUAACACCUGAUGUUCAAAGCUGUAAUAAAUGAGUCUAAAAAAAGGGA